CCAAUCGAACGAGAAACAAUGGUGCACUUUUGUAAAUUGUGCCAGUUACUGCACAAAAACCUGGACUUUGUGCAGUGCGAUGAGUCCAACGUGUGGUUGCUGGAAACGGUGUUCCAAGUGAAGAUCACGCCGGUAAACGAGAGGGUUGAACCGAUCUGCCGGAAAUGUAUUCGCAAGUACAACAAGGUGAUGAGAGAUCUGAAAAAGUCCAACGGAGGACAUCCGGUUUCACGGCACACGUUCACGGAAAACAAGCCGCCGAGCAACGGCAGCGAGACGGAUCCGUUCGUCGGUGCUCAGCCGCCGGUUAGCUCCCAGAUGCUGAUGCAGCGCGGGAACACCCGAUUGUCCGACACGCAGCAGUACCUGGUCGAAGACGAAAGCAAAGAGAUGAUGUUCACCGGAUCAUCCGAAACCAACGCCAGUCAGAACGGCAGCAACGGAUUUGCCCUGAACAUCAGUGGCGAUGCAGCCACGGUAUAUCGCACAACCCUCGGCGAUGCGCACGAGUCGUCGGAAGAUGAUAGCUCGGAUGGCAAAAGUAGUGCAGCCGACGAGGAAGAUGACGAAGAAGACAGCAGCGAAGAAUCGAGUGAAGAGGACGACGAGGAUGAGGACGAUUGCUGUAGCGAAGAUUCGGAUGAUAGCAGUUCUAGCUGCAGUACCAGCAGCAGCAGCGAGGAGAGCUCCUCGGAAACCGGCAUCAGUUUGAAGAUGGAAGAUCACGUCGGUCGACCGAACAUUAAGCACGAAAGCGGGCCAGCCGCACUGUACAGCUCGUAUCUGGAGGCUCCGCUGAUGCAGAACUUGCCCGAAGGCAGUCUGUUGCAGACGGGUGAAAUGGAAGACGAUAAUGCUGCCACUGUCACCAGUAACGUGAAUGGAACGGGAAUAGAGAACGAAAAAUCUAUAGCAGAAGAUGAAUUAGAGCCACUGCAGCUGUCGGAACCGUUGGCGACGAUCGAAGAGCAACCAGUCGUCACGGAGGAAUCGCCCAAGAAACCAAGGAAGCGCAAAAAAUCCCGAACCGAUGGCACGCCGACGGGGCCGCAGACGAAGAACUACGUUUGUCUUGUGUGUCAGAAGCGGUUUUCGAAGGCAAUCUAUUUGAAAGUACACACUCGAACCCACACCGGAGAAAAACCGUACGCGUGCGAUAUUUGCUUUAAGAGCUUCACCCAGGCGUCAAGCUUAAAUACCCACAAGCGGCUGCAUUUCAACGUGAAACCGUUCGAGUGCGAGAUUUGCAAGCAGCAGUACACGAGUGCGGGUAACUACAAGGUGCAUCUGCGUACGCACACCCAAGAAAAACCGUACGCCUGCAGUUACUGCGACAAACGCUUUUCGCAGCAUUCGAGUAAGAAAAUGCACGAACGGGUGCACAGCCAGGAGAAGCCCUAUCCGUGCCAGGUGUGUCUGAAGGCGUUCAGCAACGUCAGCAACCUAACAGUGCACAUGCGCAUCCACCAGGGCCUGAAGCCGUACAAAUGUGAUAAGUGCGAAAAGUGCUUUGCUCAGUCGCAAACCCUAAAAACGCACUACAUUUCGGCGCACACGGAUGUUCGACCGUUUCAGUGCGACAGGUGCCCAAAGUCGUACGCGACGCUCUCGAACCUCAACAACCAUAAGCAUACGCAUCUGGAUGAGAAGCCUUUUGCGUGCGAGUCGUGCGGUAAGCGGUUCACCCAAAAGUCCUCCCUCAAAACGCAUCUCCUAUCGCACAACACUGAAAGGGCAUUCCCAUGCAACGACUGUACGAAGUCGUUCAACACCCACGCAAUGCUGAACACGCACCGUCGUAAUAUCCACAGCACCGAUCGGCCGUAUGCUUGUACCAAGUGCAGCAAAUCCUACGCCCAAGAAACUCGGCUCCGACAGCACAUGCUCAGCCACGCUGAGGUCAAACCGCAUGCAUGCCAACAAUGUAACAAAACGUUCACGACAGCAACGAAUCUGCGUAUCCACCAGCGUGUGCACUCGGGGGAAAAGCCUUACCCUUGUCCAACGUGCGGGAAAUGCUUUUCGCAGCGAUCGUCGCUAAGAACACACGAAAUCUUGCACUUACCUCCAGAACUGCGACCUGAUACCGUCACCACUGGUAAGCAACAAUCCGGCAGAACGGGAUCAGGGCCGGGGGCUGGGAAAAAAAGACGCAGAAAGAUACACGAGUGUGACCAGUGCGGAAAGACAUUCACGGUGCGCGGACGCUAUUGCAACCAUAUGAAGCAGAUGCAUCCGAGCGAAACACUAGAGGACGAUGAACAGGACCCUGAGAGUACCAAUGGGGAUGGACAUCGUGAGCCGGAGGGUGAUAGCGAUAGAUUAGAUGAUAAGGCAGAUUGCAAAGCCAGCGCAUCGCAAACGAAAAAUGCGAAAAAUUGUAGUGGUUUAGCUUCAGAUUUUGCCUCGGCGUAUGCUAUCAAGGGCGAAAAUACCGAGAGCACGGCGGCCAUAUCCACGGAUAAGGAUGGUCACAACGAUGACGAUGACGACGGCGACGACGACGAUGACGACGACGAGGACGAGGACGAUGACGACGAUGACGAUGAUGAUGACGAUGAAGAAGGCGAAGAAGACGACCAGGACGGCCAAUUCGAGGAAGCGGGCGGUAUGGCCAACGAGGAGAAUGUGAAAGUGAGCAAUGCAGGUGUUUCCCUUCAGGAGCAGUUCUAUUACGGGCGGAUAUUGUCCGAGCAGAACUGAUCUGUUGACACAUUACCUACUACGACAACGGGAUCCCGCUGGUUUUCAUUUUAACCCGUACAUAGUCGCUUUAAAAAGAGCUCUAGUUUUUAACGAAAUAGGCCUUAUUCGAAGAUCUCUUAACAACCGGUAUCUUAGUUAAGUUUGUAUUUGCGCGAAUGCUGACGGAGUCAAGGCUUGAUGUACGGCCAGCUCGUUCAAAUGGCAAGUAUGUGCAA